CGGGCUUUGCAUAUGUGUAAUCAAACCAAUGAGAAUCCCCUGCGCGUCUGGCACACGGCAGAGCAACAAACUCUAGGAAGAGGAGAAGCGUAAUUUAGGGGGUGUAUCCCUUGUUUAAGACGCUGUUAUGGCAAAGCCAAUCGCCAGAUGUUUGUGUUCCUCACUCAGAUUUUGAGACUAAGCAGAACGCCGGGUUACUACGCGGAGGCUGAUUCGCGUAUCCAAGCCACUUUUAGCCAAAGUCCAGCUACGCGCGAUCUCCCUCGCCCGCUUUACGCGCAGGAUUACGCCCGUCUGCUCGUCUGCUUCGCGGAGCUGCGACGCUUUUUCUGUCAUUCUUUAACAGGCUGAAGGAAAUGGCAAAGGAGAGAGGAUCGCGGCUGGGAGAGCGCAGAGGAAACCAGAGCUGAAUGGCAGGAUGCAAGCGACCUGAAGACGCACAAAACCCCGCAUUUCUACAGCUCUCGGACCCUUUUACGCCUCCUUUUGGUUUCCUUCCUUCCGAACGAGAGGAUUUACCCCUGCACGGCCGUUUGAGGAUUUUGCUUUUUCUUCAUUUUUCCGUUUUGUAUUAUUUUCACACGCAGAACUCAAGGAAUCGAGGAUGCAUUGUGGAUUAGUGUUGAUCCUCUUUACGGGAAUCUUUCUCAUCGUCAGUGCUUUCCAAAAUGACAAAUGUGGGGACAAUAUCAGAAUCACUAAUGCGAAUUACCUCACUUCACCCGGUUAUCCGGCGUCUUACUACCCGUCUCAGAAAUGCACAUGGGUGAUUACAGCUCCGGGACCGAACCAGAGGAUUUUGAUCAACUUCAACCCACACUUUGACCUGGAAGACAGAGAGUGCAAAUAUGACUAUGUGGAAGUGAGAGAUGGAGUGGAUGAGAGCGGGCAGCUGGUCGGGAAGUACUGUGGGAAGAUCGCUCCCUCUCCUGUGGUCUCCUCUGGGAACCAGCUCUUCAUCAAGUUUGUGUCUGACUACGAGACUCAUGGCGCUGGCUUCUCCAUCCGCUACGAGAUCUUCAAAACGGGUCAGGAAUGCUCCAGGAACUUCACCUCCAGCAGCGGAGUCAUCAAGUCGCCGGGUUUCCCAGAGAAGUACCCCAACAACCUGGAUUGCACGUUCAUGAUCUUCGCUCCCAAGAUGUCGGAGAUCGUUCUGGAGUUCGAGAGCUUUGAGCUGGAGCCAGACAAGCAGCCACCCACUGGAGUGUUCUGCCGCUACGACCGCCUGGAGAUCUGGGACGGCUUCCCUGGAGUUGGUCCUUACAUUGGCAGAUACUGUGGACAAAAUACUCCAGGACGGAUCAUAUCCUACACUGGAAUCUUGGCUUUGACAAUCAACACAGACAGUGCUAUUGCAAAAGAGGGAUUCUCAGCUAACUUCACUGUGCUGGAAAGGACAGUCCUGGACGACUUUGACUGCACCGAGCCUUUGGGUAUGGAAACUGGGGAAAUCCAUUCCGACCAAAUCAUGGCCUCAUCCCAGUACAACCCCAGCUGGUCACCGGAACGAUCUAGACUCAACAACCCCGAGAAUGGUUGGACCCCUGCAGAGGACUCGAACAAAGAAUGGAUUCAGGUUGAUCUUGGAUUCCUGCGCUUUGUCUCGUCGAUCGGCACACAGGGAGCCAUCUCUCAAGAGACCAGCAAGAAAUACUAUGUGAAGUCCUACAAGGUGGAUGUCAGCUCAAACGGAGAAGACUGGAUAACUAUUAAGGAUGGCCCAAAACAGAAGAUUUUCCAAGGGAACACCAACCCCACCGAUGUAGCGAAAGCCAUGUUUCCUAAGCCCACGUUGACGCGAUACCUCCGUAUCCGACCCUUCUCCUGGGAAACUGGCAUCGCCCUGCGCUUUGAGGUGUACGGAUGCAAAAUCUCAGAGUACCCAUGUUCUGGAAUGUUGGGAAUGGUCUCAGGCCUUAUCGCGGACUCUCAGAUCACAGUUUCAUCUCACACCGAUCGCACAUGGGUGUCAGAGAAUGCUCGUCUGCUGACCAGCCGUUCGGGAUGGACGUUGCUGCCACAGCCCCAGCCGUAUGCGGAUGAGUGGCUGCAGAUAGAUCUGGCUGAGGAGAAACUGGUCCGGGGGUUGAUCAUCCAAGGAGGCAAACACCGUGACAACAAGGUAUUCAUGAAGAAGUUUCGGCUGGGCUACAGCAACAACGGAUCUGACUGGAAAAUGGUGAUGGAUGCUAGUGGCAACAAGCCCAAGAUAUUUGAGGGGAAUUUGAACUAUGACACGCCAGCGUUGAGGACAGUGGAGCCUAUAUUGACACGCUUUGUUAGGGUGUAUCCAGACAGAGCCACUCCUGCUGGGAUGGGACUUAGAUUGGAACUCCUGGGCUGUGAAAUGGAAGUUCCUACAGCGCCCCCUACUACACCCGCUUCCUCCACCACGCCAUCAGACGAGUGUGAUGAUGACCAGGCUAACUGCCAUAGUGGAACAGGUGAUGACUACGACCAGACAGGUGGAACGGCUGCACCAGAGACGACCACAGAGACAAGCACCGUUCCAGGUGAGAAAGCGUUCCUGUGGUUUGCCUGUGACUUCGGCUGGGCUAGUGGUCCUUCAUUCUGUGGCUGGAUGUCAGAGGACAGCGGUUUCAGGUGGCAGAUCCAGUCCAGCGGCACCCCGACUCUAAACACCGGCCCAAACUUGGACCACACCGGCGGAUCAGGGAACUUCAUCUACACGCUGGCGACAGGUGCUCAGGAGACGGAAGUGGCUCGGCUGGUGAGUCCGUCCGUGUCGGGCCAGGACUCGGACCUGUGCUUGUCCUUCUGGUAUCACAUGUUUGGCUCUCACAUCGGCACGCUACACAUCAAACAGCGCAGAGAAAGCAGCCAGGGCUUAGCUGAUGUCCUGCUCUGGACGGUCAGCGGUCAUCAAGGCAACCGCUGGAGGGAGGGCCGCGUGCUCAUACCCCACUCCAGUAAACCCUACCAGGUGGUCAUCGAAAGUGUGGUGGAGAGGAAGAGUUGGGGAGACAUUGCUGUGGAUGACAUCAAGAUCUUGGACAAUCUGAACAUGGCCGACUGCAAGGACCCAGAUGUCCCAGCAGAGCCAAUUCUACCUGAAGACAACUUCAAUGAAAUCAUCGUGGACAUCACGGACUUCCCGGACAUUGUGGAGAACCACGAGAUCAGCGGCGCCGGAAACAUGCUGAAGACCCUGGACCCCAUCCUCAUCACCAUCAUCGCCAUGAGCGCUCUGGGGGUCUUCCUCGGGGCCAUCUGCGGAGUGGUCCUGUACUGCGCCUGCUCUCACAGCGGCAUGUCCGACAGGAACUUAUCAGCCCUGGAAAACUAUAACUUUGAGCUGGUGGACGGCGUCAAGUUAAAGAAGGACAAGCUCAACUCACAGAACACGUACUCGGAAGCGUGAGGCGCCGGCCAAUGAGAGGGAACCUCUCCUCAGGGAGGGCGGGGCUAAAACGGACUGCCAAAGCCAUCCGGUUGGACGAGGACAAGGCUCUGUGGUUCAGAGAACCAAUGGGAGGAGGAGGAGGAGGAGGACUGGGACUGAGCCAUGCUUUUCUCAGGAGCUGCAGUGAACGGAACCUACCAGUAGGGGACACUGUGUACAAAACAUUGAAUACAAGGAGAAAAAAAACACAAAAUGAAAAAUAAGAAUAUGUACAGAUGAUUGAAAUGAUUAUUUUAAUUUUUUAUUUUGUAUUAUGUUUGGGUUGAUCAUUUUUACAAAUCGGAUGCUGGUGUUGAGACCAAUAUAUAAUAAUGUUAUAAAGUAUUUAUCUUUUUUUGUUUGUUUGUUUUUGGUAGGAGGAAAACAAAAACAUUUAUUUUUAUUUUUAAAGAUUGUUUUACGCUUUAAGGAGAUGUGUAAAAAAAAAAAACUACAAAAAAACCCCAAAUGAACCAUAUAUGUCCAAGGGAAGGUAAAUACCCCUCGGUAGGGUGAGGAUCAAAGGGUGUGGAAAAUCAUCCCGCCCCGUUGCAUUCUGGGUAUGGUUCAGUCAGUGCCUUUGGUACAUCUUUUUUGGCCUCCUCUGUUGUGGUUUUAUUUUUUUGGUGUUUUCAACCCUUUAGUUGUCGGUCGAAUCUGCAAAACCAAUCCCGGUAAAUCCAUAGCGCUUUAAUGUUGAAAUCCUGCAUAUUGUACAUAAGUUUUAAUAUAUUUUAAUGCCCUUUUCAAAGAAACGAGUAAAAGGAGAAAAAAAAAAGAAAGCUGCAGUAUCCCUUUUUUCUUGGGUUGUAUGUUGUAAAUACAAUCGUCUGACUGUUUUGUGAAAGUGAAACGUGUGCUUUUUCCCGUCCUGUUGGGUUGUUUUUCGCUACGCUCCCAAAAGAUGCGGCCCUUGUUCGAAACGGACGACCCCGGCGCGCGCUUCAUCACCUGGGCGGGUUUCGUUCACCUGGAUCACAGAUCUCUAAUCGCCGUAUCCUCUGUAAUCGCAUUCAGGAUGUCUGUCUAUCCAGCAUACCAAAAAAAACAAGAAAAGAAAGGGAUCAUCAUUGCCUUGAUUCGAGCGCUCGAACGCAUGUGGUCUUGAAUAAAGCUCUCAUUUUUAAGAGUGGUGCUAUUAAAUGUGGUCACGCAUCGCUUCUGUCAUUGGCCUUGUGUCUGUACCAAAGGACUGUUGCCUCAAACCGCAGGGUCCAAGCCGGAGACCGCCUCAUCUCAUCUCAUCUCAUCUCGUCGGAUUAUUCUGGACUGCUGGAAGGGUCUGGUUUUAGCAACGCCGUACACACGUAGUUUAACUGAUAACAGGGCUUCACUGCUGACAAUACUAAUGUUUUCUACAGGUUUCUCGGUAUGUUCAUGUACUGUGCUGUAUACUGUGGCCAACACUUUGGUUUUUCCCGUUUCUUUCCGGUAGUUUCCGACGACGCGAGUCCUCGUGCCGAUGCUACACGUGUGUCAGCCGAAGCCGUUUAAAGGAUUCUGUGAGAAAGCAUACUGUAGCAUCAACGAAAAAGAAACAAUGUUGCACUGAUCGAUAUAUUUGAUGAAGUUUAUGUGUUUAUAGCAUUCGUUUGUAAAAAAGACAACUGAAAUAAAAAAGACAGUGUUCGUUUUUUUUUUUAAUAUAGUUUCAGAAUGUGUAAUGCGAUUCUGAAAUGGUCAACUAUCGAGAUGUUUUCAUUAUUGAAAAAGGUAUACAGAUUUCCUAUAGUAAAGCUCCCUUUUACCUGACCCCGAUGAUCUCUUUUGGUUUUUGUACUGUCGUUGAAAUUUUGUGCCGAUUUCCUUUUUUUUUUCCUUUCUUUUCUUUUUUUACGAGAAGAUGCGGAAGCAAAGAAAACUUUUAUUUUCAAUACUGCCUCUGUACGUUGCUGUUGUAGGAAGGAAAAAAAACAAAAAUGAAUAAAAACAGCAAGGCCUUAAAACGGA